ACAGUCUCUCCGUCACCUCGACACCUCACCCUCCUUACGAAUCUAUUUCUUCUCCCUCCCGCUUGCUUCGAUCACGCUUUUUACUACCCAGCCUUGGUCGCCCGCUACUUGAUUUCAGUCCAGAAUGUGGUUGUAUCGGGGCGCCCAGUCGGCCGUUUUCUACUAUGCCACCUGCACCCCCUGCGCCGAAUCCUCAUACCGUCGGAAUCGAAUGAAAGAAGCCGCCAAGUCGAAGCGCGAACAAGAGAGAACCGAUACCAUUGUCACAGAUCAACCGAAACCUUUUGCACAACCUACACCUUUUAGCACGAAUCCAGCAUGGGCGGAGGAAAUCGCUCUGGGGCCCGGUCCGCCUGCCCGCAGAGGUGGCCGAAAUCACCGCCGAAAGGAAUCAUGGAACACAGAUGGGCUCUCCGCGGAUUCACAGCAUGAUUUGGGAAGUGCAACGUCCAGAAAGGACAAGCUAAAACACCCGCUGGGCGAACGUUGGAGUCGCAUGCGGUACCAACGGGAAGACGAGCCGUUAUGGGGCCAGGAUGUGGAAGUUAAGGGCUCCUCGGUGGGCUUGUCUGGUGGUGGUCGGACGGAUGAGGGAUCUAAUAGCAAAUAUUAUAUCGCUCGCGUGCCUCCGGUGAACGAUCUACAUCCCCCGAUUGUCAGUGGGCCCAAGAGCCGGGCGGAGACCCGGUGGAUGCUGCAGCCUCCACCCAGUGCCAGGGUUAUGGCUGGCAAGGAACGCAUCGGCGACUCCACGUCUCAGAACACAAAGUUGUCUGAUGUGAAGACAGAACAAAAGCAACCCGAAGCACCAGUACAAGCGCAGCCCUCGAUACAAACAAAUUCGAUCGAAAGGAGUGCUGCUCGAGUCAGAACUUCAGUAAUGGCCCCAGAUGGAUGGUACGAUCCGAGAGCCGACGGACUGGAGGAGGAUGGCGACGACGAGUCGCCUCGGUACGGACGUGAUCAGUCUCAUUUGGUUAUCACACCCUCACUGCACUCUCGCUUUGAGUCGUGCUCCUCGCUUUCGUCCGAUGCCGAUUCUGAGGCCGAAUCCCCGCGGGUGUCCUUGCAAUCACCGCAGACGCCGACCUCACGGCCCGGUUCCAAAGGCACUCAAGAUAGCGGUAAACACUUCCCAACGAUCUCCAAGACCAUAGCCACCUUCCACCAGCAGCACCAGGAGCCCAACAACAAGGUGCAAAUGCUACAUUUGGAAAUCAAUGACUCGCCUGACGAUAUCGCACUAGGUCAGCUUGAACGCUUGCGACCCUGGCGUUGGAGUAUGGACAUCUGAAUACCAUCUCUGAUGAAAGCCGACUUUGGGUUCUAGUCCUCAAACCUAUCCUUUCCUACCGAACUUUUUAUCCAUCUUUGUUUUCUUAUGGAAGCCUGUUUUCGUGAUGCUCGAUUUUUUUAUUCCCCUUGGGUAGCAUAAUACCCCUUUUCGCUGUUGGUUCUAAAUUCUUUUUGUCAUGUUUCUUGGCGUUGGCAGCAGCGAAAAAGCGU